GGUGAGGUUUAGAACCGUCAAUCCGGUUGUGCACUUAUCACCAUGGUUGACACUCGUAGUGGGAAAAGCACUAGCCCCUACGCCCAGGAGCAACAAGAGAAGAUGAUCGCCUUAGUGAGAGAGAAUAAGGAGAGGAAAGAGCUUCUGAAGCAGGUGAAAUUAAAAGCAAUCGCAGAGGAGCAGGCGACGAAGAUGAAGAAGUUGGAAGAAGAGAUGGAGGACAAGAAAAAGGUUGCCGAGGAAGAGGCAGCAACAGAAGCAGAGGAGGAGAGAAAAUGCAGAGAACAAAAAGGAGAGAGUAGUGACACGAAGGAGGAGGAAGCGAAAUUAGAGAAAAAGAUUAGUGAGUGGAUUGCUAAUUUAUCGUUGGGGGAAGACGAGGAGGCACAAAUGUAUGUGCCACAAGAGGAGAAGGAGGCGUUUGCCAGGGCACUUGAAACGAUUGAGGACCCUAUGGAACGACGAGAGGCAGAGGAGGAGAAGAAAUUGGAGUGGAAGCUAUGGAUGAAGAGGGAGAAGAAGAGAAGGAGAGAGGAAGUUAACCGGUUGACCAUAGAAGUGGAGAAGGUGAGAGCGUGCAGACAAGAGGUCCAAGGACAGGUAGAUGUCUCUGCCAAGAUGGACAAAAUGUUGGGGUAUCUAGAGGUGCUGAGUGAGGCUUGGCUAGAGGAACGUCAAGCCAACAAGGGCCAAGAGGUAGCCCUGAGUGCCAUGCGAUCAAGGUUUCGAGACUUUGCGCGCGACAUGGUCACCCACGUUGGGGGUGAAGUCAGGCGAUUAAGGGAGAACGUAGGAAAGUUCUGUGAAGGCGCUAUUGAGAGUGCCAAAGUAGUGGUCGUUGUCGAGAGUGAGGCCAGGCCUCGUAAAGAGCCCGUCAAGCUUACAUUCCCAGAUGCAUACGGCGGGAAGAAGGAAGAGAAUUUUGAUAAUUGGGAGGCGAGCGUCAAUAGUUACGUAUACUUACAGCACACUUUGACUGAGGAACAAAUCCUCAUCGCCUUCCAGGCCCUCAAAGAUGAAGCGGCCAGUUUUGCCAGAUCCCUUUCGCGCGCAGCCGGUUGUGAAAACAACCUGGUUGCAUACUCUAAGAUUACCCCUCUUCCUCAAUUCUUUAAACUCCUGCGAGAGAGAUUUGCUGACCCAACGAGAGGCGUUAGAGCCUCUAAUAAGUUACAGACCAUCCACUCGCGACAGUGGAGGAGUGCGAGAGCACUCAAAGCUGUCAUUGACGACUUGGUAGCCGUCCCAGACCAUGGGGUCACUAAGACCCAACUGGUCCAAUUGUUUUAUCGUGCCAUGCCAGAGCCCCUGCGUAGGCAUUUCUUUGACAAAUCUCAACAGGCCGACAUCACGUAUGAUGUGCUAAGUAGAGAGGUGGUCCUGUUCGAGUCGAAGUCCAUGCCAGUGUCCACUUUCUGGCACAAGGACUUGGAUAAGGGAAGUGGAAGGGUUGUCUUGGAGAAGCUCAGAGAAGCUAACUUCAAGAUCAAUGCGAAGAAGUGCGAGUGGGCCAAGAUACAAGUUUUGUACUUGGGUCACGUGUUGGACAUAGAUGGCAUUAAGCCAGAGGACAGCAAGAUAGCGGCAAUUCGAGACUGGCCGACGCCCCGCACGUUGACAGAGUUGCGGUCGUUCCUAGGCUUAGCUAACUACUAUAGGAAGUUCGUAAGGAACUUCUCUACUAUCGCCGCUCCCUUGCGCAGUUUGCUUAAGAAAGAGGCAAUUUGGCAAUGGGAUAAAGAUUGUACGUCUGCGCUUAAGAAGUUAAAGCGCGCGUUAAUAGAGUACCCUGUCCCUAAAGUGGCAGAUCCGUCUUUGCCAUUUGUCGUCACCACGGACGCGAGUCAGUAUGGUAUAGGCGCCGUGUUGCAGCAAGACGACGACAAUGGCUAUAGACUUGUAGAGUUUAUGUCAGUGAGGAUGCCCUCAGAGAAGGUAGCCACCUUGACGUACGAGAGAGAACUCUACGCUCUCAGGCAGGCCUUAGAGCACUAGAAGCAUUACCUAUUUGGGAGGCACUUCAAAGUGUAUUCAGACCACGAGACGCUUAGAUGGUUAAAGACCUAG